AGGUUAUCAGAGUUCAGAUUGCCCUGGGAGAUCAAAGGGAACAAACAGACUGCCAUUAAUAAACUCAACCUGCGAGUGCGCAGCGGACAAAUGCUGGCCAUCAUUGGCAGCUCAGGCUGUGGUAAAACGUCUCUUUUGGACAUUAUAACCUGUCGAGAUGAGGGUGGUACAAUGACCUCAGGUCAGAUUCUCAUCAAUGGCAAACCCAACACACCCAGAGUCGUGAGGAAGACCAUCGCUCAUGUGCGCCAAGAUGACCGCCUUCUCCCUCAUCUGACUGUGCGAGAGACUCUCGUCUUUGUGGCCAAGCUUAGGCUGCCCACCCACUUCACCAAGGCCCAGAGGGACAAGAGGGUAGAUGAUGUCAUUGCCGAGUUGAGACUCAGACAGUGUGCUAACACCAGAGUGGGGAACGAUUAUGUGAGAGGGGUUUCAGGAGGAGAGAGGAGGAGAGUGAGCAUCGCUGUGCAGCUCCUGUGGAAUCCAGGUAUUUUGAUUCUUGAUGAGCCCACUUCAGGCUUAGAUAGCUUCACGGCUCAUAACCUGGUGAUCACUCUGUCCCGGCUGGCCCGUGGAAACCGUCUCGUGCUGCUGUCCGUGCACCAGCCUCGCUCCGAUAUCUUCCAGCUCUUUGACCUGGUGGUUCUGCUCUCCUCUGGCUCUGCGGUCUACUGUGGUGCUGCGCGCGACAUGGUGCCUUACUUCACCGCCCUGGGAUACCCCUGCCCUCGCUACUGCAACCCGUCAGACUUUUAUGUGGAUCUCAUCAGCAUAGACAGACGCAGUGCAGAGUUGGAGGCAGAGUGUUUGCAGCGGGCCCGGGUUUUAGCUGAACAGUUCAAAGAAAAAGUGAAAGAUACAGAUGACCACAUGUGGAAAUCAGACAGAGGCAGUACAUCGUCCUUCCAAGGAAAUGAACAUGUGAGCCCUAAUAUUGAAGGAGAGGAGUUGAUCACAAUUACAAAUCAAGGAAGUGAACUACCAGGGAGACUUCAUCAGUUCACUGUACUCAUCAGGCGUCACAUGUAUAAUGACUACAGAGACCUGGUCACUAUAUUGGUCCAUGGUUUUGAAGCCCUCCUCAUGUCUUUGCUUGUCGGGUUCCUUUACUAUGGAGCAGGACCAGAGCCUCUGUCCAUACAAGACACAGUGGCACUUCUCUACAUGGUCGGAGCGCUCACCCCAUUUGCUGUGGUGCUGGACGUCAUAGCUAAAUGUCACUCAGAACGUGCAAUGCUUUACCAUGAGCUGGAGGAUGGCUUGUAUGCAGUCUCAGCCUACUUCUUUGCUAAGGUUUUGGGGGAGUUGCCAGAACACUGUGUUUUUACAUUGGUUUAUGGUCUACCCAUCUACUGGCUUGCUGGACUGAACACUGUUCCAACCCGCUUUCUGCUGAACUUCUUGUUGGCGUGGCUCAUGGUCUAUUGCAGCCGGGCCAUGGCUCUGUUUGUAGCUGCAGCUCUGCCCACACUGCAGACCUCUGCCUUCAUGGGAAACUCUUUGUUCACCAUCUUCUACCUGACGGGGGGCUUUGUCAUCAGUAUGCAAAAUAUGUGGCUUGUGGCGUCAUGGCUGUCCUAUGCUUCCUUUGUGCGCUGGGGCUUUGAGGGAAUGCUUCAGGUGCAGUUCAGAGGCAUCAAGUAUCCAGUCACUGUGGGGAAUGUCACCUUUGAGGUCGAUGGCAUAGAAGUGGUAGAAAUCAUGGGCAUGAACCAAUACCCUCUGUACUCAUGUUAUUUGGUGCUCCUGGGAAUCUGUCUGGGAUUCAUGGUCCUUUACUACAUAUGCCUAAAGUACAUCAAGCAGAAGUCCAGCCAGGACUGGUGAAAAUGCUCAAGUCAAUUGGAACCAUUUGAUACAUUUUAUGGCUUACAAAAAGUAGCUCCUUCGACUGGUUCGAUAAUGAGCAAAUGAGAUAUUUUAUAUAUUGCUGCCAUUUCACAAGCAAUUUUAAACUUUACUGGCCCCUUCUGGAGAGGUGCACCAUGUGUCCCAUGCUGUGCAUGGUACUGGUGACCCCCCCGCCCCUUUUAAAAAAAUUAACAUUUACACUUAAAUGAGAAACACACACAUUUUCAAUGUUGCAGUAACACUGUUUGCUACUGGAUGGCAGCAGAGUUCUGCAGCAAAGAAAAACUUGUUUCAGAGUGAUUAGAGCACUACAUUGGCAGAUAUCCAUCUGCAGAUUUAGCUUGUUCCAUUUUAAUCUCCUUUUUUAUAACUAUCUUUAUGUUUAUAUAAAGAUAUUAAGUCUAACAAUGUGUGCCAGUAAAGGGAGCACUAAAAAUUCUACUAAAGAUUUAGUAAACCACCGUCUCAAAAGCUGGUACAAGUUCAGAUCGAUGAUUAUGUAAACUUUACUUUUGCACUGGUGUAAAAGUAAGUGCAAGUAAGUAAUCGACAUACUAAAAUGCAUCAAUAUAAUAAAUUACAAAUGAAUCCCUUUUGUUGUGCGGCGUUCUUAAUAUAGUCUUUACUUGGAUACAUCUCAAUUUAAUUGAAUUAAAUAUAUCUCAUGUUAGAGCAGAAAAAAAGAGCAGGUAGAGGAUGGAGUAAUCACAGAAGACAGCUAUCCAAUUGUAACAUUUAUUUGCA